UUUUAUUUGAAACGUGUUUUGGAAUCAAUCUUAAAUCGUCAUUUCAACGUAAAGUGAUGUUUUAUUUUUGGACACCGGAAACCCAGGCUGCUUUAUAGGCAGCUUGACCGAUUCCUCGUGCACAGAACAGGUCCCAGCAUCAGCAUCAACACGAUGACGCGCUCCAGCCCCGCGGUGCUCUUCUCCCUGCUCGGCCUCCUCCUGGGGCUGCAGCUCGGCACAGCUUCGGCCCGCAGCCCCCGCACGGCGGACCAGGUGUCCGAGGCCGACAUCCAGCGGCUCCUGCACGGCGUCAUGGAGCAGCUGGGCAUCGCCCGGCCCCGGGUGGAGUAUCCAGCCCACCAGGCCACCAACAUAGUCGGGCCCCAGAGCAUCCAGGGAGGUGCACACGAGGGGCUGCAGCACCUCGGCCCUUAUGGGAACAUCCCGAACAUUGUGGCUGAGCUGACGGGCGACAACGUUCCCAAAGACUUCACUGACGACCACGGAUACCCGGACCCUCCAAACCCCUGUCCCCUGGGGAAGACAGCGGCAGACGGUUGUUUGGAAAACGCUCCGGACACGGCCGAGUUCAGCCGAGAGUUUCAGAAACACCAGCAUCUGUUUGACCCGGAGCACGACUACCCAGCUCUGGCCAAGUGGAACAAGGAACUUUUGUACCAGAAACUGAAGGGAGGACCCAAGAGAAGAAAAAGGAGCGUCAACCCAUAUUUAAUGGGCCAGAGGCUGAACAACGUGGUCGCCAAGAAAUCUGUUCCUCACUUCUCCGAGGAGGAGGAAGCACCGACCGUCUCCCCUGCCGCCAAAUCCACGACCUAAACCCCUGCAGCCGCAGCACUCGCUGUAAUAUUAAAGUACAGAUACAAGUUUUAACACCGCAUGUUCAAGUAUUUUGGUUGAGAGCAAUUAAAUGGUGAAUCCACUGGAGAGACAGUGAAAUAAGAAAAUGGGAAAUUGGAGAAAACAAGAAAUUUGAAAGGUUAUUAUUGCGAAUUUCGAUUGAUCCAAUUCACUAAUCAGGCAAAAACAUUACUGGUGUCUUUACUUUAACAUGUGGGAAUUAUAAUCUGACACCCACAGAACCUGCUAAACAAUUUUUUGUUGUUGAAACUCUGAUGCUGGAUAACUGACCAGGCAAAGUAGGCAAAUAAAAGAAAUGGCAGGUCUCAAGUAGAAUAUCUGGUAUCGCAAGUUCUCCACCUUCCGUCUUGUGUCUCUGGUCUUUAAGAGAAAAGUCGAGUUUAAAUUUUGAAGGUUUGUUUUAUAGUUAUUUCAGUAUUUUCUCUGUGUAAAGUAACUCGGACACAAAAAACCUUAAUCAACGACACAAGUGGACAAAGUGGACAAAGUUUAGCACUGAAUCACACAAAUGUUAGUCUACAAAUAACAAAGUACAAAUCUGACAUGUGAGGCUCUUUCAUGACCUCGACUCUCUCCUCCUCCAUGUUCUUUUAACCCUCUCGCUCCUCCGAGCUGCCCGUCCUUAUCAGGAGAGUUUCCACCUGCACUCUGGUGCUGCAGCGUACCUCCACUCUCAGUAACCUUGAAAGAUAACGAAGAGUCUGCAGGUCAACGUGAUCUUUCUCUUCUCCACCAUGACUAAAUGUACCUUUGCUUUAUUGAAUAAAUCAAAAUUAAAUGAGCACCAGUUUCCUUCAACACUAAGGUUACUGUGAGGUUAUAUCCAACAUUAGACUUCUUUUAAUGGGUUUUACAACUUAGUUAUAUCAUCUAACAAUUAAUUGAGAGUAAAGAAAAUAUCUGAUAAACCCAAACCUGGGGUCAUUUGGAGGGAAAAGGUGGUUUUCAGUUGACUUUUACACCAAUUCUUUACUUUUUCUAGUAAAUCCAGGAGUGUAAAAAAGUCCCAUUACCUUGGAUUCAACCCAAAAUAUGAGAAUAUGUGGUGUUAAAAACUUACCUGACAGUGUACAACAUAUCUACAACUGUAUUAUAUAAGUUGUAUAAAGAUAUAUUGACUCAGUAAGAUUAUUAUUCACAACUGUAAAAAGAUCAACUCACUCACUGAUGUUUAAUUUUUUAAGUCAUGAUAUGAGCAGUUACUCACCUCGGUGUCUUCAAGCAAAGAUUCAAUAUAUUCAUAGAAGUCAAUAAGCUUUGUUUUCUCCUGCGUAAGGAAUGAAGAUGAAACGUUUCACUGUAGCAUGUAAACAAGAUUAUUCAGACUGGGAUUUAUUCACUUCACUAAGCUGUAGUAAACAGGAGUCUCCACGGGCACUGGAAUCUGUCGUGUCACUUUAUGUUGCCAAAUGUGUUUUUGUUGUUCUGUAAAGUCAAAUAAACGAUUUAUCUGCAUUGACAAA